CACUGACUGGCAGCACUGAUAGGUGGCACUGACUGGCAUUGAUAGGUGGCACUGACUGGCACUGAUGGUUGACACUGAAAGGCAGCUCAGAUGGGCACUGAUAUGUGGCAUUGAUGUGCACUGGUAGGCACUGAUGGGCACUGGCAGGUGGCACUGAUGAGCACUGACAGCUGGCACUGAUGGACACUGACAGGUGGCACUGCUGGGGCUACACAAAUCAUCAGGGCACACUGAUCAUCAGUGCCCUGAUGAUCACUGUCAGCGUGACAGCUCGUGAGGAGAGAAAUGCUGAUAACCGGCAUUUCCCUAUUUACAUGUGAUCAGCUGUGAU